UGAGGGCCUUUGGACACACACACACAAAGAGCUCUUCACUAUACUGUACCCCACCCUCCACACUACCUCCCUCCACUGUGUUCUGGAUUAGUUGGUGUAAACAGUAAAUUCGUGUGAACAAAGGGGUCGUUUUACAGUGCCCUUCAUUAGUGUGUGACAGUGUUUUGUUUGAUACUGUCUUCAACUCCUGUCUAUCAACGGGUCGUGUCUUCAGUUGCUGUCAAUCAACGUGUCAUCAAUUCCUGUCUAUCAACGGAUCCUGGCAUCAAUUCCUGUCUAUCAACGGAUCUUGGCAUCAAUUGCUGUCUAUCAACGGAUCUUGGCCUCAAUUCCUGUCUAUCAACGGAUCUUGGCCUCAAUUCCUGUCUGUCAACGGAUCUUGGCCUCAAUUCCUGUUUAUCAACGGAUCUUGGCAUCAAUUCCUGUCUACCAACGGAUUUUGGCCUCAAUUCCUGUUUAUCAACGGAUCCUGGCAUCAAUUCCUGUCUACCAACGGAUUUUGGCCUCAAUUCCUGUUUAUCAACGGAUCCUGGCAUCAAUUCCUGUUUAUCAACGGAUCUUGGCAUCAAUCUCUGUCUAUCAACGGAUCCUAUCUUGAAUUCCUGUCUAUCAAAGCCUGUCCAUCAACGCUUGCCUCCUUUUUGGUCUGUCAAUCUAGUCUGUCAACACCGUCUAUCCGGCACACGUCUCCCCCUAUCACCGCCCUCAACUUGACAGACGGGUGAGCUGAUUUUCUUCAAUCCAGUGGUUGUGACGGCUUAGAUCACCAAGAUGUCUGGCCUCAUUGUCUACGCCAUCCUCACUACACUCUGUUUACUACAUGUGAGCGUGGCGCAGGAACCAACCUUGGACCUCUUACCCUCCAGUAUACUGAAGGCGCGGGGGCAGGCGGUCUACGUCUCCUGCACCGCUAACGUCGACGAUUCUGAACUAGUGACAGAGAUGAAAUGGUCAGGUCCCAAUGGAAGGGACAUCCCCAACAGUGACGGGACGCCUCGCAGGAUAAUCACCCUUGAGGGAUUAGAAGCUCCUGGUAAGCUCGACCUGCUCAUCAACAAGCUCGAAGAACAAGACACCGGGAUAUACAACUGCACCGCCACCUACGCCGGCAACCAGAAGCUCUCUGCUAGCUUGGCCGUCGAGUCAUUCAUGGACAUCGAUUUUGGAGACACCCCCACCCAUCAGACGCCCCACAUUGGAACGGAGGCCAAGAUUCGCUGUUCUCCAAGUGCCAAGCCAUCGCCCCUUGUUGAUUGGCUGAAGGACCUUGUACGCCUCAGUAAUGAUGACAACCACAUCAUCCAGCAAGAUGGCGUAUUGAUAAAAAAAGUAACGGAGGAAGACGAAGGCACGUAUCGGUGUCGCGCUCGCGUGCCUGCGUUGGGGUCCAUCGAACACAGAGACAUUCAGGUGGAAGUGUACAUUCCCCCAGUCAUUGACACGCCCCCAGAAGAUGCCAAGGGUGUCGAGAGAGACUCUGUCACCUUCAACUGUAAAGCCACUGGCAAGCCUAACCCAUCAUACGCCUGGGUUAACAAUGAUAACGAACCCCUCGAAAGUAACGCCGAUUACUUUGUCGACAACGAGAAAGGCAUCCUGAGAAUAAUGAAUCUCCGACCCGAACAUUCCGGCACCUAUCGGUGCACGGCAACGAACCCGGCGGGAGACGCCGUCGCAUCGGCCAACUUGCAGGUUCUGACCAAACCCAAGAUCGAACAGUUGAUCAACGUUACCCAAUCGGUUAAUAAAGAUUUAGAGUUGAGGUGCAUCGCUACAGGUGACCCAGCCCCAGAACUGGUGUUCAAGAAGGAAACAAACGAGCAUCCCUUCCUAAACGGAAUAAACCAAGACGACAGAAUUGAGGUGUCGCAGGAGAUUGACGACCAGGGACGACCAAUGGGGGUAAUGAAGAUCCGAGGUGUCAUGCGCCAAGACGACGGCCUCUACACCUGCACGGCCGAAUCCGAAGGUGGCGAGACACAGGCCUGGGGACACAUCACAGUGGAGUUCCCUCCUUCAUUUGAGGAACAACCUUACGAUGAACUGUGGUCAUGGCAACAACAGCCCGUCAACCUCACCUGCCUCGUUACCUCCAUCCCCAACGCAACUAUUCAGUGGUACCUUCGUAACCAAGAAGUCGACGCAAACGACCAAAAUCUACAACUGCUAAGCCAUGGUCCCGUUGGCGUCCUCAAAGUUAACCCCGUCAGCCAGAGCUACUUUGGAACUUACACCUGCCAGGCCACCAACACGCUCGGAACGGAAAAACAGGAUCUGGAACUCAGGGAAGCCCAUGCCCCAGGAACGGUUACCAGCGCCAAGAUCGAGAAGAUAACUGCAACUACCAUCACUUGGGAUAUCAUAGGCCCCAUGGAUAACGGUGGACUGCCCAUUCAGGGAUACCUCGUGCAGUACCGUCUGCAGGGCGAGACUUGGGACGAGUCCGAGGAACGCUUCUGGACUAAAGGUUCCACUUACACCCUGGAUGGACUCAAGCCCCAGGAGACGUACGUGUUCCGCUUUGCCGCCCGUAGCGAGGCCGGAAGAGGUCAGUGGAGUGGUGAGAAGACCGAAGAAAUGCCCAGGCGAGCACAGCCGGAGGAGCCUCUGAUCUUCAACCUAGACAAAGCCGUGAAUGAAUUGCCAUACCCUGAUCAGUACAUGCUACAGUGGCAAGUUCCUCUUGAUAAUGGUGAAAAGAUUGACUACUUCCAGAUCAUCUACUACCAGGUCCACAACGUGUCGGGAACUUGGGAAAGCACCGGGACCAAGACAACCGAGGUGGUCGAAUAUCCCGGCUCGACGACUUACAAUAUCGACGGCCUGCGCAGCAACACCCACUACAGGAUCGAACUGCGCGCCCACAACGAAAUCGGCUUCUCAAUCCCAGCUGAAGCAGUUAUCAAGACUGCUCACGAUCCAUCGGCAGUUCCAGGUAGCGGGUCGGGGCCGUCCGAGCAGUACAGUAGCGUUGCCCCUUCCACCAGUGCCCCCGCCCACGGCGCCUCUCCCGACGAAGAAAAGGCGAAUGGAGGGAUUGGAAUCGGCAUCAUCAUCCUCAUUGUGGUCAUCGCUCUGUUAAUCAUUGCUCUGGUGAUUGAUGUGACCUGCUUCUGUGUAAACAAUGCCGGUUGUAUUGCCUUCAUCUGUGGUAAGCGUGACUCCAAGGAUAAGGACAAAGAAGCAAUGUUGGAAGAUGGAAAGAAUACCAGUGCUGAUACACUCAACGAAGAGUCCCGAGAUGAAACCAAAACUAUGGAUGAAAAACCCAUCCCCGAGAAGGAGGUCCAGAAAUCCCCCGAGAAAAAAGUCGAAACUAAAAUCGAGAAAGAGACCGAUGACAAGCACGAGGGGAACGGUCAAAUGAAACCUCAGAAGGACGAAGACACCAAAGAGGAACAACCGGAGUCCGAGGAGAAGACCAAGGAUUCCACCGAACCCACGGAAACCACUCCCAUGAUUCAAGGGGAGAAGGACGACAAGGAGGCCAUCUUGAAAGAGGAACAGAAGGAAAAAGAAGAGGAGAAGCUGAAGAAAAGUGAAUCCAAGAGCAGUGUUACAAAGGACUCCCCAGUGUAAAGCCUGAUACAGCACUAGUCUCAUUAACAGUUUAAAUACACCGGCGGGGAGACUUAUUUUAGUUUCCUUCGCGUGUAACGAGAGAAAAUAAAUUACCGUAGAGAAUUUUCGAAAACGGACCGUCGCGAUGCGAUUCGAACUAGAGAGAUCGUCCGGGACAUCGGCAUCGCGACGACGUACGACCGAGGCGGCCAAAGAAAUCGCAAGAGCGCAUCGAGCCGUUCGCCCGGCAGAAAAGUUCGGCCGGUCUCCGCCGUCGUUCUGCGGCCGUCGCGCGGAACGGAAGCGCCUCGGGGAAGAGUCCUCGCGGGAGUUCCGACGCAUUCCGUCACCGCGACGUCGACUGCACCUACGACGGAGAAGCCGAACUCCGGGCGGGCGUCGAGAUCGCGACGGACCGCACCAUUCCGGUACGUACGAGUCGCGCGAGAGAAAUUUGCACGUUCCGGCGGCGAACGACGGUCCGCGAUUCUCGCCGUGCGGCACCGGAGCGAAGUGCGUUUUUUAUUUCCUUCCCUUAUAAAAUACCUGUACAGUAUAUAUACUACUGUAUAUACAUAUAUACAUAACAUAUAUAUAUGUAUAAUGAAUAUAUAUAGUAUUGUAUAUAUAAGUGAUAUACACUAGUAAUUCUUAUUCCUUUUAAAUGCAAGUUAUUUUGUACAAAAACUCUGUAAUGUUCGUGUGAAUGUGCAAGAGAGAUUUCGCCAUCUCUGCCGUGCUGAUCGUAGCCUUAUCGCGUAAAGGAUAAUUACUCGAACGUUCACAAACUAAUUACUAUAAUUGUAUUUAACGUACGGGACGAGUAAUUAGUGCAAAUACGACGUAAACUCGGCAUUGCCUUUAAUGUACGUUUAAGCCGCUCUAUGUUUUGGUCCUCUCUCGUAUCUCCGAAAUUUUAGGGGACGGGAACCCCCGGCAGUCGUCGCACAUUUUUACGGAAGGGAGUCUUUUCGUCGGCUAGGCCCGGUCGUGAUGCAUAGCCAAGUGAGAUACAGAAAUGUAUAGUUUUCAUUCCAUAGUUAUUGUAAGACAAGGCUGUAAGCUCACUGUAAUAGAAAUGUAAUGUUUGUAUAGUUGUGAGAGUCAACAAGUGAAACUUGGCUGGAUAUAAACACUGUUGGUAAUACAGUAACACUUUAUUAUUGUGUGUAAUAUUAUUCCUUUAUUUUUGACAUAAUGUACAGUAGGUGCAAUCAAGAAACUACACAAUGGUUAUAUACAAUAAUAAAUAUUUUGGCACGUUCAACAAACCGGAACGUAAAUUUACAGGUCGUCGCAAUCGCACGCGGACGGAUAUUUUCCGUCGAACGUCUGCGAUCGUACAAACUCCGUCUCUGCUCCGAUCGAUCAGUUUUUGCGAGCGUCGGCGCGGGCGUCGCGUCGUUUCCCGAGUACCCGUAUCGGUACGGUGCGGCGGUUAGAAAUUGGGUGCGGAUUCUUCGCCAAGAAAUAAGUUCAAACGACGGAAGGAAAGAUCGCUCGCGAGGACGACGCGACACCGACGCGUACGGCGGGUCCGCGUUCUCGUCGCGACGAGCAGACGGGACGCUCGUGACGAUUCGCGACGGCCGUCGCCGUCUGUGCGUCACGUCGACCGUAACGGAGAUGUCGCGGCAGAAGAGCGCCAAAAAUUAUGAAACGACACUCGGGUUCGGCGGAAUAAUCGAUACGGCAGAUCGGCGAAAGACUCGCAUCGUACCGGUAUGGCAAAGGAUGCGACGCUGGAGCCGACGGAUAAAAUACACGGCGCAGUCCGAGUACUGUGACAGGCUCGUGUUUUGUAAAGAAAACCUUUUAGUUUUGUGAACCGUAGUUAAUCGGGAAAGUUCCUCGAGAGAGGGAGUCGCCGCAGACCAGUGGAAACGGCAGGUUCCCCGACCCGUCUCUCCUCGCCGAAGCGGGCAUCCGACGCUCCGGCCCAAUACGGCGAAACCUCCACACGACGGACCUCUCUCCACUCGAUCCGCCGGAUGGGGGCGUCGCACCUCGCGGACCCUCGACGCGACGGACCGAUCUCUCCGCACGGUCUGUCGAGUGGAGGUCUCGCCGCGUCACGAGUACUUACCCACGCUCGAGUGCCAUUUAAGAAUUUGACUGCCGUACGGCUCGCCAUCAUUGCACGGGACGGCGCACGGUCGACGCCCGGACGGACGCGCGCGGUCCGUCGGACCGACGGAACGCGCCUCCCUCCUGUCGGUCGCGGGCUCGGCUUUCUCCCCGCGAGGUCGUAUACAGUAUACAUUAAUCCGAACGUCCGAACAAAAAAUUGCUAACCGAAAGUUUUGGCCGUGCCAGAGACGCCCGAUCGAGUCGACGAGAGCGCCGCACUCGAACGCACGUCGGCGCGAGUGGAACGAUCCGUUUAUAUUUGUAACAAUAAGAGAAAUCGGGGAUCGUCGGCGAGCCGGUCGAGGCACGACGGUGCCGUAGAAAUCGACGAUUCGGCACAAUUUUACGUCUAUGCGAUUUUCCAAAAUACCCAAAUGGUUACUUUCGUAAUGUUAAAUUUAAUGACAUCUCUCUAACUCACUUUUAGAGUCAUAGCUCUGUCUUUAAUGUAAAGAAAAAAUAUGUCUGUACUCAUCCAGUACUCUCGGUGUGGUAGCAUUUAAGAUAGUCCGGGGGCGCGUCCGCCCAGCCCGCGAAUUAACGUAAGGCCGGCUUUUUUAUUGCGAUUGUGUAUGACUAAGCUUGUCUCUACUCCAGUGUGGUAAAAAUAAAAUGUCUGCUAUUG